AUAUACAAUGUGUGUAUAGGUACACAUUCUUACUUUGGGGUCAUAAAAGCUCAAUGAACUUUCUUCCUGGUACGAAUAAUUCAUCUCGAAGGCGUUCAGUUGAAUCAAAUACGAAUAUAACACUACUGCAUGAACUAAUUGCAUUGAACUACGAGUUUUCAAAAUGGCUGUCCCACGCUACCUGCCCGUGUGUAUCGCAGUCGUCGUACUGACUAACGCUGUCGGUUAUACCUCUUCCUUAUCAUGCUACCAGUGUGCUGAUUCAGGGGGAAAGGACGCUGACUGUAGGAAUGCCUCUGCCCUUCUGAACUUCCCAGAUUCAGAGAAAGAAGGGGAAGAUGAAGACGAAACUGGGGAGGAUGUGCGGAAAAACAAAUACCAUAAGGACUGUGCUGCUGUCCAGCAACACAUGUGCAUGAUUGAAACACACAUGUCACAGGGCAUCUUCCGGAGUUACAUCCGGGACUGUAGUGAUGGGAAGACCUUUUCCUUCGACGUCACAAAGUACCCUCUUCUUCAGAACCUUUCUCCAAACAACGAGACAACGUGCACGUACGAUGUUCAACCGAAUGUGCAAAUCUGCAUCACGCUAUGCAACAGCAGCCUCUGUAACGGCCCUCAGCUUCCCCCGAAGAAGGAGAUCGUGUGUCGGAAUACUACAAAUGUAUAUGGGGAUGUAGAGGUGACCUGCGGAGCCUCAUCGUUACGUCAUGUCCUGAUGCAUGCUGCACUGGACAGGUUUUUGACUGGUGUAUUGGGAUGUAGUUACCUUGUACCGGUUCUCGUCUCGGUGUUCUUCAUGUGAUGUAAACUGCUGUUAGUACAUAUUACUAGGGGUGGGUAUUGCAGAGAAUUUUCAUAUUGCGAUAUAUAGCGAUAUGUAUUGCAAUAUAUUGC